AUGACUGCAAAUCCAGCAGAAGUUAUUUCAAGUGCUCAGAAAUCUACCUCACAGCUUCUGUUCUUUGACACAUUAACAGCAAGUAAUUUUAGUAGCGACGAACUUCCAACAGAAUGCAUUAGAUUUCACCAACGUGUCGUUUUGUCUGAGAUAAGGGUAGUUCCAAAACAUUUCCGUCCGUUUAAAGGCAGUCGUAAAAAUGAUCAUGUAGGACAGACUUCCCCUAAUAAAUUUGACCUAAAUCUUCUUAUUCAUAAAACUCUUACUGCCGAUUCAGCUAAACCACCAGAAAAGCGACCACCAACUUUACCUUUACACCCCUUAACAAUUUCUUUCGACGAAAAGAAAGGAUUCCUUAGCUAUGAUGUCACUCUAUUGCCUGAAGCCACUACGCGUUUUAUAAUACUUCGUGGAAAUUACCAACAUGUGACAUUAUGUAUUUAUGGAAGAGUCAUGGAAAGUAGCAAGCCUCAAAAUAUAAAAUCUAAGGAUAAAAUAGAAUCAUCAUCAACGUCAAUCAUGGGUAAUAAUAUAGAGAUAAAAGUUGAAGAAAAUUCACUUGGAAAUAUAUCUAUUAAAAAAGAUGAUGAUAGAAUUGAUGAAAUGGACUCUACCGAACCUCUAGAGACUUUUAAUCAUGAUGUUAUAAUGGACGGUGUUCAGGAAGAACAAAAUACUCCCGUAACAGACUCUUCAUCGGUUCAAAUUCUUGACGAGUUAAAAGCUACUGAAGGACAAUUUGUAACAACAAUGGAAGAAGAUGCAUUCUAUUUAGAUGAUGGACAUAGAGAUACUAACUCUGAUGCUGAUAAGUUAAGUACAUUGUUGAACAAAGAUCGUGCUGGAGCUUUCAGAAUAUUGUCUCCUGCAAAUGCGGUUGACUUUUCUGUUUGGAAUUUGGAUGAAAAAUUAAAUAAAGAUAUACUUGUGUAUCAUACAUCACCGGAUGAACCACCUUUAUCACGAGCUUCUAAGCCGAUAUUCAAAAAAGCUUGGGAUGAACUUAACAUUUAUGAGAAACAAAUUCAUUCGUUCUUGUCUAUGAUGGAUAUUGAAAAUAAGAUGGAUAUUAACUCUUAUACUGAAGGAACUUCAAUUCCAUUUGAAGAAUUGCUCCAUCAACUCAGCAAUGUAAUUGUGGAAGGAUUUCUCUGGGCAAAGUGCAAUAUGAUUCAAUAUGAAGACGAAUUGAAUACAGUAUAUAAAGGUGUACUGUUCGCUCUUGAUAUGACAACAGGAAAGUCUACCGUGAAAUUAUUUGAAAAUGGCCUAACGUUGUUCUGCAAACUGUGUUCAUGUGGUGAAGAGAUAAUUAAUUCUUCAAUGAUCCAGACCUGCCUAAACCUGAUGGUAUCUCUUCUAAAAGAACAGUUUGUGUCGUCAACUUUGCAAAUUAUUAUACUGCGCGGAUUAUUGGAGUGCAUAGGAGAACCGCGAGUUGCUGAAGAAUUCUUGCGUUAUAGUAAUAAUGAUGAUAAUACAGGAAAUACAUUAUACAAAACUUUUAUUUUACCUAUGUUACAAAUCAAAAAUCUGCCUUUGCGCAUUUUACAUUUACUACAAGCUAUCGUACACAAAGUUGCUAUUUAUGAAGCCUGUACAAAUCUUCAACAGUUAGCGGAAGAAAAAUUACAACCUGGAAUGAAAAUGAAGAAAAAAGAAGAAUCAUCGAAUAAUUUCGACAAUCAAAAAAUAUAUAGUAUUUCGAAUUCAAAUAACAAUGUACAGAAACUAGAGGAUGUUGAAUUGAUCAUCGAUCGAGUGUGCAAUUGCUUACAUAUCGUUUCUAAAGCAGCUUUAUAUUAUAUGGCUUUACAUUCAGGGGAAGAUUCCAAUCAAAAUUACCCACCCAUCUUUUCUUUUAAGUAUCUCACUUCUUGUCACUUUUUUCCAGCCAUUACAAUUAUUAUGUCAUCGCACCGAGUGCGUUCGUGUUCGAGAUUUCAUGAAAUUGUGAAUUCUAUCGGUCGAUUAUGCGUUAUUUUAAUGGGUGCUCCGAUUAGCAUGCUUUAUCUGGUCAAACAAUUACAACAACCUAAUGAAUUAUUUGGUGACUGUUUAUUAAUUAUAUGGUCAACAAUUUUACGUCAACAUGAUGGCAUUUCAAUAGAAGAUUCUUCGGAACCCUUUUCAAAUUCUUAUCCGAUAACAGAUAUAAAUGAAUUAAGACGAACACCAGGUAUUGGGGAUAUAUGGUUUGGUUUUGGUCAAUCUACAACAGGUGGAAAUUAUGAUGAGGAUUAUGAUUAUAUCUGCGAUUAUAGCGAAGAUGACUUUACCUUUACAAACAAAAAAGAUUAUGAGGAUUCUGUCUUGAAAAAGGCACGGCGGAUUUUGAGUAUGCAAAGCUGUGGUGCUAUUGGUGCAGAGACAGGUUCUUUGGAUAAUUGUAUUAUUCCAUCCGAUCAAUUAGUAAUAUUAUUGACAUAUCAGCUACAUGCUGUCGCUAUUAUUGAAAGGUUAUUGGAAUAUGGAAAAAGUGACAACCAUACUUACGUAGAAUAUGCCAAAAUAUCGAAAUUAUUGAAUUAUUUAUUUGAAUUGACCACAUUUAACGUUGGAAAGCAGGCCGUAGCAUCUGCAGUUAUUUAUCUCGAUGCUCUAUCGACCAUUUUAUCUCUUGCGAGUGUUAGUCCUGCACAAGAAUUUGUAUCGGCUUCCGUUUCAAGUACUGACUCUAAUGCUCUAGGACGUAUUCCUUUGGAACUUUUGGAAAUUAUUAUAAAGUUCUCUUCGUCAUUUCCAUUUUUAUUAACACCACAAAUCCAUGAACUUGUGAAUCCUUUUAUUUCUUCCGAAAGUCACUUACGUUCAUUAUGGGAUCCAAUUGCUGCCUUUCACGAAACUGGAAACAUUCAAGGAGUUAUCGAUGUUAUUAAACAUCAAAAAGAUUAUCCUGAAUGUUUAAGAGAUCAUAAUUCUGUUAAUCAAAUACUUGUUUCGCUUAGGCUUUUAAUGUCAUAUACAUAUAAUGAAAGUGGUAUUCUGCAUAUUUUGAAAGCUCGGAUGGAUGACUUUAGUGGUUUUGAUAAUGGUGACAGUUUUUUGGUUUUCUUAUUAAGGCUUUUAAAUCACGCUGCCGAAGUUCUAUCCGAUUUGAGCGAUUUUGUUGUUUAUGCAGAUGCAGAACAUCAAUCUACAUCAGAAUACACUUAUACAUCAGAUGGCUUAAAUUCUGAAAAUCAUGACGAAUCCAAAUUUCAAGAAAUGUCAAAAUCCAAUGGAAGUAUAUCUGAAAAUAGAAAUGAUCAUUCAAAUAAUAAUGCACCUACUUUUAUACAGUCUAUCGAGGUCUUUGAACUUCGAAGAGAAUUACUUGAUCUAGUUUGGUAUAAUUUAAUAUUAAUACGUAGACUUCUUCGAUCGGUUUAUGGAGACCCUGAAGGAAGUGCAGCUAAAAGACAUUUCAGAGAUAUAUAUGGUGAAAAUGAAUCACCAGAUGACCCUUCACCAUCUCAGAAAAAAUCGAUGGUUCGAAUUUGUGUUGAGCCAUGGCUCAUGCUUGUGUCUGCUUUAGAUCAUUUAGACGGACGUUUAAGUGACCAACUCGGAGCUACUUCAUUAAUAAGUAGUGAUCAACCAUUGAAAAAUGGACAAUCUGCACAGAUUGCACGCAUUCGUGGUCUUAUUUUAGGUUUAUUUGGUUUAUUAACUCAGAUUGUUAUUGAAGAAAAACCUAUACAACGUGAGGAAGUGCGAGGCAUAAAUUAUAGAGCUCGUUUUUUCUCUGAUUUUACUGGUCGUCAUGUGGUUAGGCAAUUAGUUGAUUUUAUAUUUGAUGGACCCAAUAAUUUCCUUAGCGGAUUGCAUAUUUUAAGUGAGAUAUUACCAACACCAUUGCUUUCUCAACGUUUCAUUAGAAAUUCACAUUGUUCUGCGGAUAAUUCUAUAGAAGGAAAAUUAGGAAAAUUAGAAAGUGAUGAUUUUACUAUUAAUUGGCAGCAAAGUCAACAGGAGGCACGUAUUUUACGAGAUUAUUGGAUUAAGCAAUUACUUCCUUUACGCGAUGAUUUAAUUUACCUCACCAAAAGUAUAGCUCCUUCGAGUUCGAAAAUAUUGCAUAUGAUGCUUCGUACUGUCAUAUGUCAAUUGGUUGAUUUAGAUUUCUUGGAUAUUGGUAUAGGAAAGGGAAUAGUAGCUGUUAUUGUCAAAGGCGUAAGAGAAUCUUUUGAGCAAUUCAAAUCGCUUAUUGAAAAGUCAGAAAAGCGGAACGUCAGUAUUAAUAUUGCUAUUGAUGACUUGAAAGGGGAAGAAUCUGAAAUGACGAAUGAUGAUAUGACCAUUUCUUCAGACAUUCAUAUUAAAUUAGCAAUAUUUGGACGAUGGAUGAGCCUUUUGACGUCCUUAUGUGGGACCUCAUCCGGAAGGUCAUUACUUCUUGAUUCUGUAAACAAUAAUUUAUUAGAAUGGGCAAAGCAGGACAAAAAUGAUCGAAUUCAAAUUCGUUCACUUUUAAUUCUACAGAAAAUCGCAGAAACAGAAAUAGGUGCUUUAUUUAUUCUUUCAAAAAAAGGUUACCUUCAGUUAAUUAGCAAUAUGAUGGCUUGGGUUCCUGAUUUGCUUCGAUCACAAGAUUUACGAGUACAAGACCUUACUAUUGCGUACCGUUCUAUCAUCUUUAUUCUUACAAUAAUAAGAUUUGUUUUUCCUGAACAAUUGCGAGACGAAUUCCCCUUUUUAAAAGAUAAUUUGGGGACUUUACCUGUAUUAUUUGACUCAUAUAAAGAUGCUGAAAUAAUUCUCAAUUUGUAUGAAAGUAUUGAGCAGCAUAUUAUUGAACUUCCAUAUGAAUCCCAUAAUAUAGAUGAAGAGAUGGUGUAUGAUCAUUUAUGUCAGUCUGUAGUUAAUGUUAUCAAAAGAUUUAAAGAUAAUAUACUUGUCUAUAUUCGAGAGAUUAAUGAAAAUGAAGUGAUGUUAAACAUUGAUGAAAAUUUAAAAAAAUUUAAUAUCAGAAUUUCCGAAGUUAUCAAUGAGCUCAAUAGUUAUAAUAUUUCCAUAAGGAAAGAAGUUGGAUCCAUAAGCAUUGGUGUAGUUAUCGAUGAUUAUCCGGAUUUCCCAUUUUAUGAUAUUGUAGAUGAUUUUGGCGUUGGCGGAUUAUUUAGCUCUCCUGAUAUAGAAAUAGAUUUUGAAGUUUUCGCCAAAGAGAUGUUGCCAAAUUUCCAAUUUCACAAAAAAAUGAAAAUUUCUGGUGAUAGCGCAGCAAAAGGGAGAAAAUUGUUAAAAACCCGCACUUUGAGUAAGCUUGGUGGUAUUGCAUACGAAAGCAAUGCUCGAAGGAAUUUGGGUGGGGGUAAGACUUAUCAAAAAAAUGAGUUUCGAAGCAUCCAUAAUAACAGAAAAGCCAAUACCAGCCGCCCUCCUUCGGUUCACGUUGAUGAUUUUAUGUCUGGGAAGAUUCCAGUCAAUCAACAACAUCCUGACAUGUUGUCUACAACGACCGCAACAACAAUUCCAACUAUUCCAACUACAGUAGCUAUUCAACAAAAGAAAACAAAUGCCACGAAUCGUGCCCAACCUCAGAAUAAACGAGGUGGAAUAAUUACUGCUACCCCUAACACUCAAUUGACUACUAAUAAUAGAGGACGAGGUAGAAGACCCAGUACAGGUUCGACAUCGGUACAGCGAGGUGCUUCGCGUGGUGCUAAUAAUAGUGGGCGAGGCGUAGGUGUAGGUAGAGGUAGUAAUACAACUGCAGGUAUUGUUGGUGGUUGGGAUAUGGGAAGUGGUACUUGGACUCCAUCCAUACCAAUAAUAAUGGGACCACCAAUGAAUAAAUAUAUGGAAUUUGAAAGACGGAUUGAAGGUCAACGUGAUUAUACUCGAUAUGAAGGUCAAACGAUGCGUACUGGAUAUUAUGAUAACCAAUAUUAUAGCAUGCCUUCUCCAAUGACUCCGUAUGAUCGUCCUCCAGUACAGCAAUCAGCUCCUGGAAUGGGUCCUCGGAUUAAAAAUGGAAGUGAACCCAGACGAACUGUUCCACAGGAAUGGGCACCGCGUUCCAUGACUUCUCAGCCUACAAGAAGGCCGGAAAGACCAUUUGGUAGAAGAUGA